ACAAAUACACUCCACCAAAAGGCAGAUCAACUUUUUGUGUACGGAGCAAUUCUUGCAUGAGUUAGGGUGAAUAUUUAUAAGAAGGCACAGGUAUGCCCCGUCUAUUUUUAAAUUUGCCUCGAAAACCCUAUAAGAACAAGAGGGAUAAGGCCCUACUUACUAUUACUGUUCUGGCUUUCCAUUGGCCCGCCUUUCUUGGUGGGAGUUGGUUGCAAAAUUUCUAAACGAGAGUACACAUGAUGUUUGGUCGGAUGCUGUAGUUCCGUUUUGUAUCAUUUGGAAACGAGACUGUUCUGCCUCCGUGAACGUUUUGAACGUACCUUGGCGUUUUCGUUCGAAUGGAUCAAAGACAGUUCGAUUAAACGGGAUUUACCUGAUAAGUUUUCUCUUUGCAGCGCAUGCAGGCCAGUUGGGUGACAGUGUGCAGGCCACUGUGGUUACAGCGGGGAUCAGGGAAGCACAAAGGCUGGCCUGAGAGGCCCACCGCUAAAGGGCCCCCCUACCUAGGCCAUCGCCCAGCAGAGCCAGCCUACGACAACAGGAGCGUCACAGCGUCUGCACUCUUGUACCCUGGUGCUGUGGGCUGAAAGCUAAACAGACUGCAGGGAUUGGGCUUCCCAUGAGGUCUGAUGCUACCCUGGAUUUGAGAGGGAGUGUCCUCCCGCUUCCCAGAGAUCAUGGCGGCUGGCACUCACUCUCCUGGAGGGCCCAAUGGAAUCAUCCGUAGCCAGUCGUUUGCUGGCUUCAGCACCUUGCAGGAAAAGCGCUCACGGUGUAACUCCUUUAUGGGGAACACGGUAGUUCAGAAAAAGCUGACAUCCAAACCCAAGAAAGCCCAUCUGUCUGGCCACAAGGCCAGCAGUAGCAGCAGCUGCCAUGAACCGCAGCCCAGGAGGGUGGAGGAGGUGUAUAGAGCCCUGAAACAGGGCCUUGAUGAGUAUCUGGAAGUUCACCAGCUGGAGCUGGACAAACUCACUUCUCUCAUGAAGGACAUGAAAAGGAACUCCAGACUGGGAGUCUUGUAUGACCUUGACAAGCAAAUAAAGGCCAUCGAGAGAUACAUGCGACGCCUGGAGUUUCACAUAAGUAAGGUGGAUGAGUUGUAUGAGGGUUUCUGUAUUCAGAGGCGACUGCGUGAAGGAGCCAGUAAGAUGAAGCAAGCCUUCACUGCCUCCCCAUCUACCAAAGGCACACGAGAGAGCCUGGCUGAGGUCAACCGCCGCUACAAGGAAUAUACAGAAAAUAUGAGCACUUUUGAAGGGGAGGUGGAGAACCUGCUUGGGGAAUUCCACAUCAAAAUGAAAGGGUUAGCUGGCUUUGCGAGGCUUUGUCCAGGUGACCAGUAUGAGAUUUUUAUGCGGUAUGGACGGCAGCGCUGGAAGCUUAAAGGGAGGAUUGAGGCAAACUCCAGGCAGAGCUGGGAUGGAGAGGAGAUGAUCUUCAUGCCUCUCAUUACAGAUCUCAUCUCCAUCAAGGUGACAGAGCUGAAGGGGCUGGCUACUCAUGUCCUGGUAGGCAGUGUUAUCUGUGAGACGAAGGACCUGUUCACUGCCAUGCCUCAGGUGGUGGCUGUGGAUGUUAAUGACCUGGGCACCAUCAAGCUGAACCUGGAGGUCACUUGGUUUCCGUUUGACGUUGAGGACCUGACCCUGUCCUCUGGUAAUGUGAGCAAAGCCACAGCCCUGCAGAGAAGAGUGUCCAUAUAUAGCCAGGGCACACCUGAGACACCCACCUUUCAGGACACAGCCUUUUUUGCAUGGCAGCCCCUGGGGCAGCAGGGCCACCUGUCUUUCCUGCACACACUUAGGGACACUCUGUUAGAGAAACUCAGACGCAGUCAUUCGUUUGGCGACCUGGCUGCACUGAGGCCUCGCCCCAGAUCCAGCCUGGAAUUUUAUUCCACUCUGCCUGAUGAUGUCUUUGACAUUGGUGGCUGUGGCAUGGCUGAGUGCAAGCGCCUGUCCUUUACCUUCUCCGACACACCCGCCUCUAGCCCUGGCCAAGCCCAAUCAAACCCCGAGAUCACCGUGACACCCCCUGAGUUGGACCCUCCCCUUCAGUUCUGCCCCUCAGAUGAUCAGCCUAUAGGGGAAGAAGAAGGUGAGGAAGCAGUGGAGAAUGGCAGCGUGAGUGCCAGCCUGGCCAGUGCCAGUGAGGCUGACUCCAAGUGGGAUCGGACAGAGGACCAUGUUCCUGGCUACGGUUCUGCGGCGCCCUUGCAGUCCUCAGAGGGCCAACUGUCUGCCAUGGGGCCAGUGGACGUGGUCUUCCUGGAGCCUAGAGGCCCAGAUGAGACCUCUGAGCUGAAGCCAGUGGAGCUGGAUGGAGAGGAGGGCAGUGUGACCAGGCAACUGGUGAGGCGGCUCACCUCCUCUGAAAUUGUCUCUGAGGCUGGGCCUCAGAGCUGGGCUGGCGAGGGCAGCGGGGCCUUCUUGGAGAACAGCCUGGAGGAAGCCAUCCAGAGUCUACUGCUGAGGCUGGAGAGCCUGGGACAGCGCUGUAGAGAGCUUCAGGAUCUUGAGCAGGAAGUGAUGAAACUGGAAGAUCUCUUGAAGUGCCGGGGGCCAGCUCCCAGGAGUCGCUCCUCCAGCCUCAGCCUGACCGUGGAGAGUGCCCUGGAGAGCUUCGACUUCCUGAACACCUCUGACUUUGAUGACGAUGAUACGGGGGAUGACACCACUGCUGUUUUCUUUGACAUGGAGACAGAAAGGAUUGGGCCCGGAGAGCCCCCUGAGGCCAGGGGACACCUGAGCGAAGCCCUUACAGAAGACACUGGGGUGGGGAACAGUGUGGCUGGCAGCCCCAUGCCACUCACCACAGGCAAUGAGAACCUGGAUGUGGCCAUUGUCAUUCACCUGCAGUACUGCAACCACCUGAUUCAGCUGUUGAUGACGGGAGGCAGCUCAUGGCAGCACAAAGCCUGCCUGCAUAAGCUCUCCACCCAAACCCUCCUGCUGGAGGAGCUCACUGAGAAGAGUAUCAACCGGCUGGGCAGCAUAACCUCAGCUGCUGAUGUACUCCCUGGGCUGACAGAGCGACCUGCAUUACUGGCACUGUGGUCUGAGUGCAGUGGCUCUGGCGGUCUCUUCCACACCACACUGGACCGUGUGUUCAAACAGAUGCACAACAGUUUCACUCCACUGCAGGACACUCAUCCUCACCAUGCAGACUCGGUGAUCAGACUAGUGGUGAGCGAGAUGGUCGAUAGGAGUGAGUUGGCCUCCUCUCCCUGCCCCUCUCCCUCCUCUUUCGCCCAGGAUGUGCUGACUGUGUUCCAGUUCCACAGCUACGCCACUGCACACAAUGUCACCAACAUGGAGCAACACUUGCUUGAGGUGACCAGAGAGGCUGUAUUUGCUGACCAACUGUGUUCUGGCGAGGCUGACCGCUCUCUACAAGAGCUGAAGGAGAUGUCCGUCACCUGCCUCCAGCCCCGCCCCCACACCCUGCAUGCUCUGGCUACCCUACUCAUCUCUUCUGACCCUGACCUCAGGAAGGCUACCACUGCCUUCCUCUCCAGUGCUGCGUCAUACCCACCUUUCAGGUCAAAGGCACUGGAUUGCUACACACAAGCCUUAUCAGAAGCAGGAGUGCACACACAGAAAGCUGCAUGUGCUGCACUUAGCUGCCUGCAAGCAGUGGAGAGCAUCAGUGCAGUUGUGUCAUUGUGUGACUCAGCCGAUGAGGAGCUCCAGCAUGUUGCCAUAGAAACCCUUUUCACUUUUGGUGAGGAGGGCCGACUGGCGUAUGAGCAACUGGACACGGUUCCGAAAGAGAUGGUGCGAUUGGGCACACGCCGCGGUAAUGCCGUCACCACUGCGUUCUGACAGGAGCCAGGGAUCACAGAGCGAAUGCCCCAAUGUGUCAGCAAGCCCACCCUCCACCCUAGCCCAGGCAGCCACUGAGACAGAGGCACUGGCCCUCACAAGGCUGCCCAUGCUGAGAGCUCAUCUCUCCCUGCACAGAUCAGUUCCAGCAGUAUACUCACCAUUGUCAUCAUUCAUCUUGAUCUUAUAUUAACAUUGUUACUACCAUUUAAUUAUUUUAUGACAUCAGUUGAUGUUUCUGAAUUUGCACUUGUCAGAUGCAUGUAAAUAGAGCAGAGAAUUAUUGAUGUUUUGUUUGGCAUAUCCUACCUGAACAACUUGAGUUGUGUUUUUUCAUUCAUCUUAAAAUGUACCCCCAGCUCACACCCCCUGCCCCCCAGUUUGGUUUCAGGGAUCCUGAGGAACACAUUUAACCAAACCCUCUCAGUUACUGUGUAUGUAUGCAUGUAUAAGUAAGCUCAAAGCCCUGGGAUCACUGGAGAGAGUUAAGCUUAACUCCACGCAUCAGAAGCUCAGAUCUGUUCAUCCAGACCUCACUUAAGGGUCCCUUACAUUUGCCAGUCACACUGACCAUGGAGCAGCCACGACAUGCAUUAGAUUAAGGCUCAGAAUGAUUUAGCUGAAAUGUGGGUAGUAAAAGCAUGAGGACCUGUUACCAGUGACCAUAAUUGCAAAUUCCUCCAGUUUAAUUCCAGAGAAUAGGUACAGCAUUAAUGCUAAUGCCAUGUUGAGUAGGCAUGCACAAAGACAAGGAGUGGUGCAAGAGAGCAGUUGAGCUCUUGCUAAGGCUGCUCAAUAAUGUUUGAGGGCGUAUGUGUGUUAAUGCACUUUUUUUUCGUAUUAAGAGAAGUGUUAAUGGAUUUACUGUGAAUUUGGUUUUAAGCUUCAAUGAAGACUGGAAAUACAGUGCUCUGUGAUCCAACUAGCUUCUGUGCCUGUUGUAACUGUACUACUGAGUCAUAUUAUUGACUGUGACAACUGAUAUUUUUAUUUAUUUUUUACUUUGUUGCCUGUUACACAUCUUUUUCCUUUUUAAAAUGGAUUACCUGCAAUAUAGAACAUGAGCUAGUUUUUUUGUGUAUAAAGUACUCCAGUAAUUGUAAAUGCUGACCCCCCCCUGUACAAUGUUUUAAUACUGUAAACUUUGUUUUAUUAAGUCUUUAAAAGGUGUACUUAACAUCUCAGUGCAAAAAGUCAUGUAAAAUAUAAAUUGUAGAAAACUCCUUUACUGUUUUUACAUAUCUUGAUAUUUAAAACAUCCAAAAUGUAAAUCUCUGGCUGUGUACAAUGCCUAACCUCUUAACAGUUUAGUGCUUUGCUAUGGCUUAGAAAAUUUGAUUAAAUGAGAAGCUGAUGACUGAACAAGUACAUUAAUAAAAGUUAGUGAGAGAACAAAUAUUCCCAGGAGUACCAAACUGCUAACCAAGCACAACUGGACAAUUUUAUAUUAACCUUGUUUAGCUGUCAAGACAUUUGAAAAGCCAUAACUCAUACAAAACAUGCAAAAUAAUAUGCAUUAGGUUGAUUCUUUUUGUAAUCUGCAUUAUGUAGUUAUGAGUUACUUAAAGUGAGGCCUUUUGUAUGUUUUCCUAUUAUGCAGUGGUUUUAAGUUUUGUUCCUUAAUUUAUCACUACAAUACUUUUGAAUUUGGACAAAAUCAAAUUAGGUGACUUUGUACAUAUAGUUCCUGUAAUUAAUGCACACGGAUAUGCUUUACUCAAAUCCAAGGUUCCACAAACAUUUCAAUAAAUGCUAAAUAAAUGUUACUAUUAUUUUUGAUGGCUGGCCUAAGAUUGAUAGAUGUUGUUUCCAGUUUAGGAAGCUUGUCAUAUCAACAGAUUUAGUUUUUAAAAACUUGGAUUUAAAUGAAUGCAAAUCUCUUGCUGUCCAGUAUAUUGGUCUUUUGAGUUGUCUGUCCUCACAGUUUACAGUAUUUCUUUUGAUUAUUGAAGGUGGCAAUAAAAUUUAUUUUGGCAUAAUUA